AGAGAGAGAGAGAGAGAGAGAGGGAGGGAGGGCGACGGGAGAGGGAGAGAGAGUGAGAGCUUUCUAGUUCACCUUUGUUCUUCCACGUCGCCCCCGAGCGCCGGAACGCUGCGGGCCCGCUCGGUGAACAACAGCAGGCGCUACCGGAGGAUUCGCACCGGCAACCUCGCACCCGCGUCACCACGGCAACGGCGGGAGGGAGAGAGAGAGAAAGAGAGAGAGAGAGAGAGAGAGAUAGAGAGAGAGAAAGGGAGAGAGAGAGGUGCUCCAGUGGAUGUGUACCCCCAGCCCAGCUGCCCUCCCGUUUUAAUUGAACUGGAAGCGAGAGGCGGGGAUACGACAGACGAGUGUCCCCAUGCCAGCUCCUUCAAGAGUCGCUCCCACCAGCCCAACGGCCCUCGUCCAAUAAGGCCGCUCGUUGUCGCUGCCCCGCGCCCGCUGUGGCACAGGGAGGGCCAGAAGAUGUACCCGUGGGCCGCGACGAUGUCCCUCCCCCAGGGGGGCACAGCCAGGGGGCCCAGUGCCCGGAGCCUGACCCUGACUCUGACUCUACUAGCUCUGCUCCUGCUCAACAGCGCCCCCACCGCACUGUCGCAGGCCCCCAAGCCCAAGGGCCCCGGCCACACCCACCUCAACUCCAUCCGCAUCGACGGGGACAUCUCCCUGGGGGGCCUGUUCCCGGUGCACUCGCGGGGCCACGACGGCAAGGCCUGCGGAGAGCUGAAGAAGGAGAAGGGCAUCCACCGGCUGGAGGCCAUGCUGUUCGCCAUCGACCGCAUCAACAACGACCCGCGGCUGCUGCCCAACAUCACGCUGGGCGCGCGCAUCCUGGACACCUGCUCGCGGGACACCCACGCCCUGGAGCAGUCGCUCACCUUCGUCCAGGCGCUGAUCGAGAAGGACGGCACGGACGUCAAGUGCCUGGGCGGCGGCGCGCCCAUCGUCACCAAGCCGGAGCGUGUGGUGGGCGUGAUCGGGGCGUCGUCCAGCUCCGUGUCCAUCAUGGUGGCCAACAUCCUGCGGCUGUUCAAGAUCCCCCAGGUGAGCUAUGCCUCGACGGCCCCCGAGCUCAGCGACAACACUCGCUACGACUUCUUCUCGCGGGUGGUGCCCCCGGACACCUACCAGGCCCAGGCCAUGAUGGACAUCGUGAAGGCCAUGCGCUGGAACUACGUGUCCACCGUGGUGUCGGAGGGCAACUACGGCGAGAGCGGCGUGGACGCCUUCGUCCACAAGUCCCGCGAGGACGGGGGCGUGUGCAUCUCCCAGUCGGUGAAGAUCCCGCGGGAACCCAAACAGGGAGAGUUCGAUAAGGUGAUCCGGAGGCUGCGAGAGAACCCCAACGCCAGGGUGGUCAUCCUGUUCGCCAACGAGGACGACAUCAGACGGCUGCUCCACGCCGCCAAGAAGGCCAACCAAACGGGACACUUCAUCUGGGUGGGCUCCGACAGCUGGGGCUCCAAGAUAUCCCCGGUGCUGGACCAGGAGGAGAUGGCGGAGGGGGCUGUCACCAUCCUGCCCAAGAGACAGUCCGUCAGAGGGUUCGACCGCUACUUCAUCAGCCGCACGCUGGAGAACAACAGGAGGAACAUCUGGUUCGCUGAGUUCUGGGAGAACAACUUCAACUGCAAGCUGAGCCGCCAUGCGCUGAAGAAAGGAUCAGGGCUCAAGAAGUGCACAAACCAGGAGCGCAUCGGGAAGGACUCGUCCUACGAGCAGGAGGGCAAGGUGCAGUUCGUGAUCGACGCGGUGUACGCAUGGCCCACAGCCCUCCACAACAUGCACCGGGAGCUGUGCCCGGGCACGGUGACCCUCUGCCCCAAGAUGGACCCGCUCAACGGCACCCUGCUGCUCAAACACAUCCGCCGCCUCAACUUCGCAGGCAUCGCCGGGAACCCGGUCCUGUUCAACGAGAACGGGGACGCCCCGGGCCGCUACGAGAUCUACCAGUACCAGAUCAGGAACCGGACCGCUGAGUACAAGAUCAUCGGCCACUGGACCGACCAGCUGCACCUUAACGUGCGCACCAUGCAGUGGCCGGGCGGCGUGCGCCGGGUGCCCUCCUCCAUCUGCAGCCAGGCCUGCAAGGCGGGCGAGCGCAAGAAGACGGUGAAGGGCAUCCCGUGCUGCUGGCACUGCGAGCGCUGCGACGGCUACCAGUAGCAGGCUGACACCUUCAGCUGCAAGAUGUGCCGCUUCGACCUGCGGCCCAACGCCAACCACACGGGCUGCGACCCCAUCCCCAUCGUGAAGCUGGAGUGGAGCUCCCCUUGGGCGGUCAUCCCCGUGCUCAUCGCCGUGGCGGGCAUCAGCGCCACGCUCUUCGUGGUGGUCACCUUCGUGCGCUACAACGACACGCCCAUCGUCAAGGCGUCGGGGCGGGAGCUGAGCUACGUGCUGCUGACGGGGAUCUUCCUGUGUUACGCCAACACCUUCCUGAUGAUCUCCACGCCCGACGUGGGCGUGUGCUCCAUGCGGCGGAUCUUCCUGGGCCUGGGCAUGAGCAUCAGCUACGCGGCGCUGCUCACCAAGACCAACCGCAUCUACCGCAUCUUCGAGCAGGGCGGCGUGUCGGUGAGCGCGCCGCGCCUCAUCUCGCCCGCCUCCCAGCUGGUCAUCACCUUCGCCCUGGCGGCGGUGCAGCUGCUGGGCGUGUGCAUCUGGUUCGGCGUGGACCCGUCGCAGGCCGUCAUCGACUACGAGGACCAGCGCACGUCCAACCCGCUGAUGGCGCGCGGCGUGCUGAAGUGCGACAUCUCGGACCUGUCGCUCAUCUGCCUGCUGGGCUACAGCAUGCUGCUGAUGGUCACGUGCACGGUGUACGCCAUCAAGACCCGCGGCGUGCCCGAGACCUUCAACGAGGCCAAGCCCAUCGGCUUCACCAUGUACACCACCUGCAUCAUCUGGCUGGCCUUCAUCCCCAUCUUCUUCGGCACCUCGCAGUCCACCGAGAAGAUGUACAUCCAGACCACCACGCUGACCAUCUCGGUGAGCCUGAGUGCCUCGGUGUCCCUGGGCCUGCUCUACAUGCCCAAGGUGUACGUGGUCCUUCUGCACCCGGAGCAGAACGUGCCCAAGCGCACCCGCAGCCUGAAGGCCGUGGUCACCGCCGCCACCAUGUCCAACAAGUUCAACCCCAAGGCCAGCCUGAGGCCCAACGGCGAGGCCAAGACCGAGCUCUGCGAGAGCCUGGACUCACAAACCUUCUCCACAAAGCAAACAUACAUCAGCUACAGCAACCAUGCAAUCUAGCGGGGGACCAAGGAAGGCCGGAUGCCCGCCAUUGUCAAGGAUUCCACCAUUCUGACCGUGGCGACGACGCGUGUGUAUGGAAUUCCGAGCAGCCGGGAGUGUGUGUGUGGGGGGGCGUGUGCACGUACGGGUGCGCCACCGAUGAUGGAUUUUUCCUGGGACCCAAUGUGGCAAAAGGAUUAACAACGGAGAAGUUUUGUGAGGGGAGAGGGCCCGAGGGGAGGACGUCGAGGCUCCAACUUUGACUUGAUGGCGGCCGAGAGACAUAGGAAGAGAGGGGAGCGGGACUUUUUAAGUGUUGUGCGGCGGUUCUGUUGGAUCGGAGCGGGAAGGGGGCCUCGGACCUCGAGGGAUCCACGACUGGCUAUGAGGAAAUGUGUUGGAAGUUGUCUGCAACUUUUGUUCUGAUUAUCAUUCAAGUUCUGAGAGGGUGAGUAACUCCAACACUUAGGGCAUGACAACGCAGUUGAUUUGCCGUUUUUAAGGAGGGUUGGUUUACUUUGGUUACUUUCUGAGUGUCUUUUUUCCGUUACAAAACGUCAUUCCAACAGAACCCCGUUUUUGGUUUCCGAGUUCAUGUUUUUGCUUUUUCUCUCUAAACGGUCUGUGAUAGGUUAACAGAAACGAAGACUUUGAAAAAUGAUAACAAGAAAAAAAAAGAGAAUCAAUCUGCUGAUUUCGAGCAUGCCGGUUUGAACACCCUGUGUCGUGUAAUAAAAAAAAAUCGUAAACAAAAACUAAAGAAAAAAAGUUGGAAUGCGUUCAAACUCUGUUCCAGUGUUGUUACAAUUGUUUGGGCUGCUGCCUACUGUAUGUUUAAAAUCGGUCCUAACUGGUGAAGGUCAAAUCGUGAUUUCUGUUACUUUCUGUUCGUUUCUGUGUGCUACAGUGAGGCCAUGAUAUGUAUUACCAGCUAGCCAAAGGCUGCCACUGCCCUCCGCAUUGUGUGCUUUGAAUCGGUGGCCCACGGCUAAAGCGAACAGUACUUCUCCCCCCCCACCCCCCACCCCAGACCAAACUCUAAGUCGUCGCCCCUGUAUGAGCCACCCCAUCACUGCCACCACCUGUCUUCUAGGUCACAGAUAAGGGACAGUUCCAUUAGGGUGGGGGGGAUUAAGAUGAAGUGAGCGCUUGAAUGUGGAUCGCCGCGAUAUCCUCUCAAGGUGAUCCAUUGCGGAGCAGCGAUCCAAACGACAUUACCUCUUCUUCUCAGGCGUCGUCGCCCCCCCCCCUUCCCCCAACCUGUCUCACCGGCCGUAAGUUUGGACGUCGCGCCAUCACUUUGUCGUUAAGUGUAAAGCCGCCAUCGUUAAGAGUCGACGCUAGCUAGCAUCCGUCGGUCCCUUACUGCGAUCGGGGUCAGCGGAGUUCCUCGUGCAUAAUGUUAAAUAAGUCGUAAACAUAUCUAAAACAUCGGAUGAGGAAGAGCGAGGACGUCGCAAAGGCAAGACGCGGAAAGUUUCAAACAUGUAUCGUAAAUUUCUCUGUUACUAACUUUCCAUGAUCAUGAAAUAACCUGAUGAACGGAUGACGUACCGCGGUAUAGAAGCCUCGAGUCAUUCAACAUCUUUAGGAAAAUAUGUGAGGAGGAGGAGCGAAGAAGUCGCAAGACUUGUCGCAGACUUGAAACUCUCAAAAGUGAACAUUACUAACUAUCCAUUACAAUGAAGUUAAGGGAAUACAGGACGAAUUAACACAUAAAGGUAUCAGAAUAAACAAGGUAUUUAAAGUCCUCUGGAAACACGGUCCGAGGUAGAGCGAGGAAACAUGAGCCUAAUGAAAAGUAAACUCUUUGAGUUUGAGUGAAGACCAUCCGAGGGUCCCUAUCGUAUGUCGUGAAUCCAUGUUGCUUCUCAUCAUCCCCCCCCCCCCCCUUGUCCCUCAACACCGUGUUGCAGAUAAACUUAAAAAAGACCCAAACGGCCUCCUAAUGUGUGUUAUUAAAUAGACGAUGAUGUCGCUUUACCACCUGACAUACUCUAAGCUAGGAGGGAGGGAAAGUAAAAAAAGAAGAACCCAGUGCCUGGCUACCUGAUGAUGAUGUGUUCGUAAAACCUCAUGAAACCUAACAACUUUGUGUGGAGCAUGUUCAGUUAUUUCUUUUUUUAUACCUUUUAUUUCUAUUAAAAACUGUUUUCAAACCACAUACCCCCCCCCCCCCCCCACCCCCCCUUUUGUUUAGGAACCCCCCGUUUCAUGUAAGGUGUGUGCUUCUUUUGAAAUGUCCCCGUACCUUGAUUCUACAAACCCUGCGGUGGCGCAGAAAUCUAAUGUUUUGUUACAUGCAAAUCAGGUAAACAAAUGGAAAAAUCAAUAAACAUACCAUGCUACAUC